AUGUCAGACGAGUUAGUUGGGUCGCUCACCAUACUUCUCGCCUCAAAACAUGUGAAUGCUUGCUACUGUAGUGCUGGUAAAAUCUGUUCAUUUUCUAAUCUGUCCGACAUCCAGUCCACUGAAUAUUUGCGAGUCUGUUUUUUUUUUUUUGGAACUGGUCCAACAAGAAAAAAAACUGAUUUGUAUUGGUACCCACCCCUAUUUGUGAAUGAUCAGAACACCGAUUUUCUCUGUUGGUUUGCAGAUGUUCGUAAGUACUUCUAUUACAUCAAGGAACAUGUCAGCUCAGAUUGGAAGGACAUGGCCUUCCAUCUGGGUUUUCGGUGGUCGGACGUCAACAACAUUGAAGGAAGAAACCGAGAUGACAAGUCUCGCUGUAUGGACCUGUUGGAGGAAUGGCUGAAGCGUAACGGAGAGAGAGCCACCAUAGAGGUCCUGAUGGAGGCUCUGAUCAAGGCAAAUCUGCAGAUUGUUGUGGAUGGUCUUAAACAGAACGAAUUUCCUGGAGUGCCCUGUCCCUUUGAAGCUGCAGGAAUAGAGACGUCUUCAUUGACAGAUAUUUUUCGGAUGAAUGUGAAGAAGUACUACGAGUUAAGACUGACUCACUUCAAGCCUCUAAUCUGGGAUGACAACUUCACACUCACCAUCAGUGAUAUCUUCACCCAGUUAGAGUUGAUACCAACAGCUAAAAGAACUGGUAAUAGGUCAGAAUCAGACAGGGAAGAGCAAAUGAAAGAACUACAGUCAUUAGACGACUUGUUCAAGCCAGAUAUCACAGGGCAGUCUACAGCGCCAAGGUGCAUUUUGAUUGAGGGUGAAGCCGGAGGGGGAAAGACAACAUUUCUGUCCAAAGAAGCCCUAGACGCCGUCUCACAGAAAACAGAGUUGGGCAGGCAGCACAGCAUCAUCCUGUUGAUCAGACUUCGAGAAGUGAGAGUGGGAGAGACCAUAGAGGAGAUGGUGUGGGACCAGUGUGUUUAUGAAACAACGGAAAGUAUUGAUGUACAGUCCAUCAGAACAAUCCUACAGAGGAGCAAGUCUUCUGUACUCUUCCUCCUAGAUGGGUAUGAUGAGCUGCAACCUGAGGCCAAAGCAGCUGGGCAGGCUAUUCCAAAACUCCUGUCUGGCAAGUUGUACCCCUACAGCACAAUAGUGAUCACCUCCCGACCCUCAGCAGGAGUGCAGGAGUACACCCGGCCAGACUGUCAUGUGCGGAUCAUGGGCUUCUCCCGUAGACACGUGGAGGCAUACAUGCAGCAAUAUUUCACCGUUGUUGGGAAGCAGGAACUGGCAAGGAACCUUGCUGUUCAUGUCAAAGAUAAUGAACUCUUGAACACUUUGAUCCAGACCCCAAUUUUCCUGAUGCUCGUCUGUGCGUUGUGGGCGAAGGACCAAGAGAUGGUGUCUGCUGGAACAAUGACGGGAUUGUACGACAAUCUGUUGAUAUGUCUGGUUAGAAAGUACUGUAAGCGGGAAGGAGUGAACAUGCCAACAGAAGGGCUGCCUACAGAGGUUGCAGAGUCAUUACUGCAGCUUGGUAAGCUUGCGCUACAGGCACUGCUGAGGAAUGAGACCCUGCUCGACCUUACGGAAGUAGAGAAAGAAAAGGUGAAUUGGGAGUUGCUGUUAAAGCUGGGUGUGGUGUCCUUGGAGGUUUCUUCCUCUAGAUUGCAUCCUCUGAUUCCUAGGAAACAGCUGAGCUUUUCCCACAAGACCAUGCAAGAGUUCCUGGCUGGACGAUAUGUUGCCCAUGCUUCGGAGAAUCAAGACAUUGGAGAGCUGCUGCAGCUCACCUCCAUAACAAAGGUGUUUGAACUCAGCAAUCUGCUUCAGUUCACAUGUGGCUGUGAAUCACAGGCAGCACAAGCUGUGAUGGAAGAACUGUGCUACCUUAGUGAGGAGGAGUUUUCCCAUUUACAACCAGAUGACUUUCAUAAGUCCCACCUACCUGUAAAGUCAGAGGUACAAAAAUCAGUUGAAACUUACAAGAGGUUUGUGUUGCUCUGCCUGAAAGUAUUGAAUGAAAGAAAAGAGCAAGAGAUACUGCAGGCUGUCAGCAAAGCCCUGCCAGUUGUCAUCUUGGAUAUCAAUAGAAUGAGGAAACAACAUACAACUUUUAAGUAUUACUUGGAAAACAUCCAGCCAUUACAUUUCCCAGAUAGAAUGAUUCUAGAAUUAUCCUUCUUUCGUAGUGCAGUAGAUCUUCAGUACCUGGAAAAGACUUUCCCUUCCGCCAUUCCUGGGCUGCAGUUAGACCUAAGAUUGCGGUACAUGAUGUUUGGUUCACCUGACAAGACAGCCUGGCUGGUUUCAGUUCUGAAGAAUGUUCCUGGUCUGAGGGCGCUGGAUCUGUCAAACAUAGCCACACUACUAACACCAUCAUCACUCCAGCCACUUGUACAGGGGUUCAGCCACAUGUCUCUGUUAGAGGAGCUGGAUCUUAGCUGGAACCCUGAGCUUGGUGAUGCUGGGAUGGAAGUUCUGCAGGUUGGGCUGCCCAGUCUUCCACACCUAGCUGUACUCCGCCUUGCGCGUGUAGGCAUAACAGCCUUGGGUAUGUCAUUCCUGGCACCCUACAUGGGCAACCUGUUGCGACUGACAGAACUUGAUAUAACUUGCAAUGAGAUCGGCAACACUGGGCUGGAAUUCCUCAUCACUGUCGUCCCCAUCUUCACAGCCAUGCAGGUGUUGGUCCUGAGGGAUAUCAGAAUCGGUGUCACAGGCAUGCGCACACUGGUCCCUGUACUGUGUCAGCUAACCAGACUGAUCAAACUGGACAUAAGCAAUAAUGCCAUAGGAGACCUCGGUCUGGAAUGUCUGGCUGCUAUCCUCCAUCACCUCACAGCCAUGAAGGUGUUGGUUCUCAGUGAGAUGGGUAUCAGUGACAGAGGAGUAUCAUCCCUGAUCAAAGCUCUGCCUCACCUGGUGCGAUUACAGGUGUUGAACUUGAGCGAUAAUGACAUUGGAGACAUCGGAAUUGUGUCACUGGUACAAAGUCUGGCAACAGCUCCUCAUGAUCCCUGUAACAUCACACUGCAGGAGCUGAACAUCUCAUGGAAUACUGGAGUAACGGGAGCCGGACUGGGGAGGGUCACACAACUUAUCAGCAAACUUCCGGCACUGACCAGGCUGGACAUGUCUGGUCACGCAGACACACCUUCACACCUAUCUAACACCGCUGCCAUGGAUCUGACUGAGGCUCUACCCAGACUCCCUAACCUGGAGGAGCUGAACCUGUUUUACAUCUCCAUGGAGCCUGCAGGCUUCAAUGCUGUGGUGCAGGCUGCAGAUGGACACCCAACACUCAAGGAGCUACACUAUGAAACAGAACAGGUGCCUGAGGGAGCAGAAACUACAGCCAGCUAUCUGAAGCUGUCAAGCUUCCAAUGAGUUCCUUUCAUCAUGCCAACCUGUUCUGUACAUUGUCUCAGGUAUGUGUUACGUCAUGUAGCUGUCCCGACACACAGGUGCCUUCCAGUCUGGACAAGUGUGGCUUUCCUGAAAGUUAUAUAUUAAGCCCUGCCAUCACACAAAAAUCCUCCCCAAACAUCUGCUUGGAGAGUGUAUCCACAUUCCUAUGACAACUCAUCUACUAAUUUGAAGAACAAAUUGUGGACACCACAUGACUUACCAAGGACAUAUCGUCUACCCUAUAUAUAUCUAUAUCUAUCCAUCUAAUAUCUAUCUAUCUUAAUUCUUAUAUCUAUCUACUAGAUGUGUAGAUAUAUAUAUAGAUAUCUUUGUAUAUAUAUAUUCUAUCUGUCUAUCUAUAAUCUGUAUAUAUGUAGCACUGCGCUGUUUUUUGUUUUGUUUUGGGGUAGUGUUGAUUUGCGAUUUGGCAUAAGGUUCUCUAGUGCCAGGGAGGGCAUUUUCACACUGAAAGUCCCCCUUCCAAUGUAGAGAUCAACACACACACACACACACCCCAAAAUGAAAAUGUACCAUUCUAUGAAUUGAAUUCCAUACAAACAUUAUUACUCAUAGUCGCAGAGGUAAUUUGUACGUGGAUGGUAGUUGAAGAAUGAAAUAUGUUUUUUCCAUCUUAACACAUGUCAAAUAGAGGACAAGGUUCUUCCUAUAAACGUUGUCUAGAGUCCCCCUUGCAGAUUUGAUAUGUAUUGUUUCACUCAUGGUUUUCCAUUGUAAAGAAACAUUCAGAAAAUAGACAUGACUCAUCCUAUUAAUAUCUUUUUUUAUGUCAUACCUGGGCCGCGAGAACGUUCAAUACAGCUGUUCCAAACCGUGUGAUAAAAAGCCGUACCACACAGGCUUCAAAGUUGCAUCACACAGGCUUCCAUCGAAUAAUUUGAACAUAUAUACACUGCGCACGCCAGAGCGGUGCGGGCGAAAAUUUGAAUACCUGAUUCGGAAGUUGGAACAUUGCUGUUGUAACAAUGUUUGUUCGAGGGCACCAAAUUUUGUCAACUUAUGGCGCAUUUCGCAUCCAAAUAUGUGUAUUCUCAGGUGGGUAUGACAUAAAUAAAAUACAACACGGUGUAUUCCACAUCACCCUCGGUCCCAGCCCUCCCGCGGGUCGGAUCACCCUUCGGCCGUUGGGCGACCCAACCCGCGUUCGGGUUGGUACCUCGUGUGAUACGGAAUACACCGCGGUUGCAACACGGUAUAGGUGUCAUAUAGAAUACAAUUGUAUUCUAUAUGACUUACUGGUUAAACCAGUUUUUCUAGUUAGCUGUACUUGGUUUGAAUUGUUCUGCUAGUUCAGUCUAGUGACGCUGAAGAAGAAAGAUGGAUGUCUCUCGAAACGUCCGGAAGUAAAUAUCCGUUUUUUUAUCCAGUUGUAGAGAAUGAAUUGUAUUUGAAUAUUGUUUACCUGGAUGUCUAACCUUCAUAAACGUAACAAUUGUAUUCUAUAUGACACCUAUACCAUUCUCUCGUGUCAUAAAGAACACCACCGAGGCCCUGCGUGGCUGUUGUUUUUGUAUAUUUUAUUCUAUGGCACGAAAUGCCUUGUUUAUGGACUUUGACAGGAGGAGAGGGUUAAUCAAUUGUGGCAUUAGUUUUUAUGGACAUUAUUCGUGGUACAAUGUUCGUGGUCAAUGGAAUAUUAGCAAUACACAUAACCUCUCCUUUUUCGAACGCAUUACCUUAUAUGCUAAUAUGGAACUCUUCUCAAACUUUUUUGUGGAUCUAUGAUGUAUUUGAUGAACCGUAAUAUUUAGAC